AUGGAUAUCUCUACACAACGUUUAACUUUGCAAGAUACUACAGGUCAAACUACCACCACUUCACUCAUUCAAUCGAACAAUACAUCAUGUUGUACAGUCCGAUUACUCGAUCAAAUUACUAUUCCACAAUACUCCGAAUCUGUUAUCAAAGCCGCAGUACAUCUUCCAGAUAGUUCAAAUUUGUUGUUUGAACCGUCUUCAAGUUUUAGUCAAAAACCAGUAGUACUUCCAACAGCUUUAAUUAAAGUGACUAAUUCUCAAACACACUUAACUAUUAUCAAUACCACCAAUCAUCCAUAUAUUUUACCUUCAAAUACGUGUCUCGGUACUGUUUCUUCAUCAUUACUAAUAUGUGCAACAACAUCACCAUAUCAAUCUCAGUCAACACAAUUUCGAUCAGCAAAAAUACGUCAUUAUUCUCUGAAUUCAUUACAUAAAUGCUACGUCUGUCAUCAGAAAUUUUUAUCACAAAACAAUCUUUUUCAUCAUCUUCGUGUACAAUGCUACCCACAAGAAUUACGACAUCAAAUUGAAACAUUAACACAACACAUCGACUCCGCCUCGCAUCGCAAAAAAAUCCAAGAUGUCCUUUGGAAAUACGGUAAACUGUUCGACCUACGUCAACCAUCAAAAAUCAAUAUCACUGUCGAUCAUGUGAUCGAUACCGGUCAACAUCGACCAAUCUACACUCCACCUUAUCGACGUUCACCUCAAGAUCAUCAAACUAUUACCGCAGAAACAGACAAACUGUUAAAACAAGAUAGUAUCGAACCAUCAACAUCACCUUGGUGCUCACCUGUCGUAUUAGUGCGUAAAAAAGAUGGUACUACACGAUUUUGCGUUGAUUAUCGAAAACUAAAUGAUAUUACUGUCAAAGAUUCAUUCCCCCCUUUAUAUAAAUAUAAUCCUUCCAACUCUACACAUCCAUCUAAUACUAAACCUACAAUUUUUACAUUAUCGGCUGACGAACAAGCUGCUUUCGAACAAAUCAAACACAUACUCACUACCGACCUUGUUCUUCGACUUCCCAAUAAUCAACUUCCUUUUAAAAUACAAACAGAUGCUUCACAACUUGGUAUCGGUGCUGUUUUAUUACAAACCUAUCCUGAAGGUGAUCGUCCUAUAUGUUAUAUGUCUAAGAAGCUUACACCUGCUCAACAACGCUGGUCUCCUAUUGAACAGGAGUGUUAUGCGAUCGUCAAAGCUGUUGAAUUAUGGCAUCACUAUUUACACGGUAAUCAUUUCAUCUUAGAAUCUGAUCAUAAACCAUUAGAAGCACUCAUGCGUAAAUCUCAAACGAACGACAAAUGUGAACGAUGGCGUUUACGGCUACAAUCAUACAACUUCACAAUAAAACACAUCAAGGGUAAAUCAAACACCAUGCCUGAUUAUCUAUCUCGAUCACCAGUGGAUCACGCUGAAGAUGACAUUGACGAUAACGUUAUGCCAACUUCUGCCUCUAUCAGUACUCAAACUGAUACAAGUGACCACGACACUUUUUCAACAUCAUCAAUUGUCGGUAUGGUCACUACUCGUUCUCGUUCUCAUCAAUUACCACAAUCCGAUAAUCAUAUUACCACUCCACCAAACACCAAUCGCUCUGACGUUCAAAAUCAUCAAUCAACAUCAUCAACUUCUAAAACUACUACUGAUAGUGCACGUAUUGGAUAUACUGGUGCUAUUGAUCAAUUGAAACAAGCACAACAGAAGGACCCUGAUCUACAAUACAUAGCGAAUCAUCUUAAUGAUAAUAAAUAUAUUAACUCUUAUCUUUUACAGGAUGGUCUCUUAAUGCAUUAUGAACAACACUCAAAACCUGUUCCAUGUGUUCCGAAAGGAGAAAUUCGAAAUGAUAUUAUGAAAAUCUAUCAUGAUACUCAAGCUAACGGCGCACAUUUCGGUCGUGACAAAACUAUAAAGAAAAUCAAAGCUCGAUACUAUUGGAAUACCAUGAACAGCGAUAUAACUAAUUAUGUUAAGUCAUGUAUUCGUUGUAAUCAAAAUAACCCUAUUCGCUGCAAACCUCCUGGUCAUCUGAAACCGAUCGAACCACCGGAAGGAGUUUGGCACUUAUUAUCAAUGGACUUUCACGGACCAAUUACUCCUACUAGUCGACGUGGCAACAAAUACAUUAUUUCAAUCACUGACGUUCUAUCCAAAUUCGUUAUUGCAAAAGCAGUUCGUGAUUGUACUGCUGAUACUGCUGCUCGAUUUCUUCAAGAAGAGGUUAUCUGUAAAUAUGGCACACCGAAAUGUGUUCUUACAGAUAAUGGUACUCAUUUUACAUCAACUAUGAUGGAACAUCUACUCAAACGUCUCGGUAUCACUCAUUUGUACGCAACACCCUAUCACCCUCAAACUAAUGGUCAAAUUGAGCGUUUCAAUAGCACGAUGGAUGCAAAAAUUGCUGCCUUAUCCAAUCAAUAUCGAUCUGAUUGGGAUGAUAACCUUCCAUUUGUCAUCUUUAAUUAUAACACAAGUUAUCAUUCCACUAUUAAAACUAUUCCAUUCGAACUUAUGUAUGGACGUUCACCUGUCCUACCAUUCGAUCUACAAAACCCAAACGUUUCCCUCCAACAGUCAUCUCACUAUGCUCAGAACAUAGUGAAAUACAUAUCACAUCUAACAAACAAUGCGAAAACAAAUAUCAUUCAUGCACAACAUCAGUACAAAUCUAGAUAUGAUACCAAUCGCUCAAAUCCUACAUAUUCCAUCAACGAUUUAGUUCUUAUAAAAAAUAUUCAUUCACGUCACAAAUUUGAUAUUCGAUAUGAAGGUCCAUUUCGGAUUAUACG